CGUGUGGAUCACUUUGCGAACCUGAAAGCGCUCCUCCUUGUCAUUUUCAUUACUUAAUUACUCUCUGUCUGUCUCUCUCUCUCUGGAUAACAAUAAUCAUCAUUACUAAUUAAAAAUCAUUAUAAAAAAAUCCCAAGUCAUUCAGAUUCGUCUUCGAUCCUCAAAUCGAAUUCCCAUUCAAGUUUGUCUCGAGUCGAUCACUUCGCUCACUCUUCUCAAACUAAAGGUAUGGCAUCAUCUGAUAAGCCAGAGAUAGUUGAAAGGGAUGUGAAAGGGAAAGAACACAAAGAAGAUGACAAAGAUGAUGGGAAGGGCGGAUUUAUUGAUAAAGUAAAGGAUUUCAUUCAAGACAUCGGUGAGAAGAUUGAGGAAACCAUUGGAUUUGGCAAGCCAACUGCUGAAGUUGCAGGGAUUCACUUUCCCAAAAUUAAUCUUGAGAAGGCAGAUAUAGUUGUUGACGUCCUUGUGAAAAAUCCAAAUCCGAUUCCCAUCCCUCUUAUCGACAUAAACUACUUAAUCGAGAGCGAUGGAAGGAAACUGAUUUCUGGGUUGAUCCCUGAUGCUGGGACAAUCCAUGCUCAUGGUUCUGAGACUGUCAAGAUACCGGUUACUUUGAUAUAUGAUGACAUUAAAAAUACAUAUGCUGAUAUAAAGCCUGGAAGUAUCAUUCCUUAUAAGGUCAAGGUUGACCUCAUAGUUGAUGUCCCGGUUUUUGGGAGGCUGACUCUGCCAAUUGAGAAAACAGGAGAGAUCCCCAUACCUUACAAGCCUGAUAUUGAUGUUGAGAAAAUACAUUUUGAGAGAUUCUCUCUUGAAGAAACUGUUGCUAUUCUUCAUUUGAAAUUGGAGAAUAAGAAUGACUUUGAUUUGGGCCUCACUGAUCUAGACUAUGAGGUUUGGCUUUGUGAUAUGAGCAUUGGAAGUGCAGAUCUAGCAAAAUCUACUAAGCUUGAUAGAAAUGGUAUUAGUCGCAUUGAAAUUCCCAUCACCUUCAGGCCCAAGGACUUUGGCUCUGCUCUUUGGGACAUGAUUAGAGGAAAAGGUACGGGCUACUCCAUGAAAGGGAACAUUAAUGUGGAUACACCCUUUGGAGCAAUGAAGUUACCCAUCAGCAAGGAGAGCGGCACAACCCGCCUUAAAAAGGAUGCAGAUGAUGAUGAUGAUGAUGAUGAUGAUGAGGAUUAGGGAAGGCUGCAGUGGCGAUUGAUGAUACAAGUAGCUGGUGUUCCUUUUUUUUUUUCUUUUUCGUGAUGAGAAUAAAUUUGUUGGUGCUUGAGCUUCCGUAUCUCCUUCAUUAGAAUGGAGAUGAUAAUAUGCAUUUGGAGGAAGAGUUGGUAUUGUGUUUUAUGCAUGUAUUGUGUGUUAUUGUGUUAAAUAUAAAAGAUUGGCACUUAUUUUUGCUUCCAUAACCUUGUAUGUUUUACUAAUAUGAUGUUCGCACAUAUUAUUGUUGUUUCAUUUUGUUGAUCAGAUUAUAUUGUAGAUGCUGGUGCAAUU